AUCUGUCUUCAAAUAGACUGUUGUUUUCGGAUUCCGUAACGUUUCGCGCCAGAACACUGCUAAUUUCUAAAACACAUCGUUUUAACUGACAUUUUCGACGCUUUAUUCACUCGAAAAUGACUCCCUGAGAUAUUUAUGAUAUUUUAGAUUUCAUAUUUCCUAAAUUAUACUACUGUUUAUCGGAGUUUACUUGGUCGUCUUGGAUAUCAAAAGUUUCGUUAAGUUCUUUUAAAUCGCAACUAGACAGUUCAAAAUGGACGAGGAUUUGGAAGCGUUCAUUCAAAAGCAAAAGUCAAAAUUGGCCAAGGAACGAUCAGACGUCGUAGAGAAUGGAUUUCCUAGUUCUCGAAAAAAGUGGCAAAAAGACAAUCAGAAUCAAGUUUUAAACGUAAGGCGUAGACCGGAAACCCCUGAACAUGUGGGCUUGCAGUUAGGUGGAUAUGAGGAAAAACGAAAGAAAAUUGUCGAAGAUCAAACAAAGGAUCUUAAAGAGUAUUUGGCAAAGAAACCACCUACUGCACCUCGUCGACGUCCAACAACCCCACAACAUGAAGGUCUUCCAGUGGGUAGAUAUCAAGAAGAAAGACGACGUCUGGCCGAAGAAAGGAAUACAGAGAUGCAAGAAGUUUUAAAAAAGCAAAGAGAGGGAAGUGCUAGAAGGGCUUGGCCUGAAGAAAAUCAGGGAUUAAAGCUAAGUAAUACAGAAGAGAAACAGAAAUUAUUAAAUGCGGAAAGACAGGAAGAGUAUAAAGAAUAUUUAAAAGGGGUACCAACUUCAAAAACGGAUUACCAGGUACCUGAAAAUUUAGGAAUACCAAUUGGAGAAAGGGGUGCUACACAUAUUGAGGAAAAAUUAGCUGAAGAACGACGAACAGAUUAUCAGAACAUGUUGAAAAAGACGGAAAAUAAUCGGAAUACUUUAAGCCGUCCUGUUAUACAGACCACUCAACCAUUAGCAGAUCCUACUGAUAAUAACGGCUUCUUGAAUAAGUUUGGAGCUUACGAAGAGAGAAAGAAAAAACUCGAUGAAGAACGGCGGCGAGAUUUUCAAAAGUUGCAAGCAGAGCAAAAAUUAAGAUCGACUGGACAAGUUAGUAAUCCAGCGAUGGAUUAUGCGGGAGGUUUACCUAGCUCAAGAGGCACUCAGUUACCAUAUGAAAACUUGAAAGAAAGAGAAUAUACAGAAACAUUUCAAGAUAGACGAUCAGCUGCAGAAGAUGAUCGUCGAGAACCUCCACUUCCAAUACUUAGAAGACAGCCACCGGUACCAGAUAAUGGUUUUCAGGCAAGUCUUCCCGGAGUUAGAGAUCAUCCCUCAGCUGAAGAAGCUCUGAAACGCUCUCAUCCUACACCUAGACAGGGGUGGGCUUCUCCUACAUACGAAGAAAUAUUAGAUAGAAAAAGGAAAGAGGAGCGUUCCUACAGAAGAUUAAACGAUACUGAUGGUGAUGGACGUAUUGGUGGUGCUAAUUAUAUGAUGACAUCAAUGAGUGAUGGUCACUUAAAUAAACUGCAAGACGAUGAAGAACGAAAAUUCAGGGACUUGGACAGAGAAUAUGAAUCAAAAAAAGUACGCUUUGCUCAAGAGAGAAGUAUUGGCCCAAGCGAUCCUGUUUCAACGCCACGACAGGACAAUAUUUCGUACCCUUCUCGAGCAACUCCAAUUAGCAGUAGAAAUCAAGAUCAAAGUAGUAACAUCUUUAUGGGGAGAGAAGUCCGUCGUAGCGCAGAAGCUCGAAAGAAAGAAGCUUAUAGACAGGAGCUUCUAAGACAAAUGGAAGAUUCUAAUGCUUUAAAAAUCCGGGAAAAGAGAGAGGAUUUAAAAGUCAACGCAACCGGUGCAGUUGAUCCAACUAAACAAAAUUCUUUCGGAGCAUCUCGAAGGGCUCAAGAUAAUUUUAGUCCUCGGAAGAUAAUAUUUGAUGAUCAACCAAAAGAAAUUCCAAGACCAAGAGUAGAUAAUGGAGGUUUGUUGGAGACGGGAUUUAAAGGGUUGUUCGAUAGUGGAUCUAAUAAAGCGCACCCAUAUUAUGGUACAUUGCAAGUUGAUGACGCGUACUCUUACUACGCAACAGUUGAUCCGAUGGACAAUCCUACAAAUGGAUCUGCACAAAUUGCACAACAAACCAAUCAACCUUCUGUAAAUAGUACACGAAAACCGCCAAUACCAUCAUUUGAAAAACCGCAAGAAAGAAAUAAUAAUUUCCCAUUUAGAAGUGAUGAUGAUGUUUCUGCUGCAAAGAAAUCUGCUAAACUAACAUAUCAACAAGAAUUACAAAAACAAAUUGAGGAGCAAAAAGCCAAAAAGCGAAGAGAAAAAGAAGAAAAAGAAAGAUACGAUAGAAAAAUUGAGGAGGAAAUUAGAAAUUAUGAUCCUUUUGGUAAAGGCGGUGGUGGAGCACCUCUUAGAGAUGAACAAGGAAAUGUCGUAGCUGACCUGAGAUCUAUGCAUAUGGAUAAUGAAGAAAAACAGUUGUCACCGAGAAAUGCACCUCCUCCAACUCAUCGAUCAGAAGUUUAUCUUAGUCCUAGAGAUAUUCCUAAUAUUCCUAGAUUAGAUGGCGCAGCGAGUGUUGAACAAAGUCACGCACGCGGGGGACAUGGAAUAUUUGGAGACCCAAAAAGUGAUGUACAGAAAAAUCAAAUGGAUAGAUACAGAGAAGAUUUACGUAAGCAAAUCGAAGAUAAGAAAAAAGAAGAUGCUGAGAAGAAGAGAAGAGAAGAUGAAGAAGAACAGAGAUCAAUUAGAAAAUGGCAAGAGCAGCAAGAUAAGUUAGCUAGAGAGUUUGAAGAAGAAAAAAAGCGGGAAAGGGAAAAGCGAGAGCAACAGCAAAGAGUAGAAGAAGAACAGAGAAGAAAAUUGGAAGAAGAAAGAUUGGAGGCGGAAAGAAUAAGAAAGAAUGCUAUGGAUGAAAAGCGUAAACAAAGAGAUGAUAAACCCCAAAAUGGUGACGAGCCGUCAGCUAAUGUCGCUGAGAACAGAUCUCGUUCUCCGCCAAUACCAACUUUGCAAAAUAAAACGAGACCAUCUUCUACUAGUAGCGGAAAAAAUAUAGUUGCUGGUGGUGGUGAUAGGGGUGGUAGUGGUUCUAGACCUAACUCUGGUAAAAGGUCAACAUCACCUCCGCUUCCAGCUCAAAGAUCUUUGUUGAGAAAAAACAGUGCCGAUGUUCUAAGUCAAUUAGCUAACCUAAAGGAGCAAUUGCAUAGCGAAAGGCAAAGGGUAGAAAAUGCUUUAGAACACGAAAAGCCGGAAAUCUAUGAUCCAAGAACUUAUCAAAGAGUUCCUCAUACUUCUAAUAGGAGGGAUGUUGAUAUCUUUGAUUUAGGUCGACAAAAACCGGUAUCCGUCAGACCAAAAGACGAUUAUAACCUAAACGACGAAAUCGUCAGAAAGCCUCGGAGAGUUCCCGUAAUAAACGAUAGACUAGAAGCUGAGCAACUUGAGUUAUUAAAAGCUCAUCAAAAUAGACUUAAACAAAUGAAAGAGAGUCCCUAUGCGAAGGAGAGAGAUUUUGAUCGUAAUCUUAUUCGACCAUCGUCUAACGAAUCAGCGACAUUAUUAGCCUCAAAGAGCGAGUAUCUACCUUACGAGGAAAGACCCGAACAUGAUCCAUAUAGUUUGGAUAAAUCCCAUUCUAGGCGAAGGAACGAUUCGGCGAGAUCUAGACGUAGAAACCGAUUUGAACCAGAGCCUUUCGAAAUGGGCAGUCAGGCAAGUUUAAAUGUGGAUGCCAUAUCAAAAAAGAAUGAAGAAAGAUUAAAGAAAUUGAGGUCAUUUGGUGAUGAACAUUCAAAUGGCGAUCCGGACGAAAUUUUGGACAAAUUUAUGACAUCAAACAAACACAGCAGACCGCCAUCCGGUCGAACGUUACAGGAUGAAACUUGGCUGCGACCUGGAACAGGUUCAAGAGCAACAGCUCAUUAA